AGAAAAUUUGUCAGUAAAUGAGAAACGAAGUGUCAUUGCAUCGUUAGCACUGUUGAAGGCAUUUCAACAGAAAUUUCACCAUUUAUAUAUAAAAAGUGGUGGUCGUUUAUCAGCUGGAAAUCAAGAAGAGAAUAAUCGAAUCAGGUGGGAAAACUUGGAAAAUGCUUUUGAUGGUCGUGUGAAAACAGAGGAUUCAAAAUUAUUAACGAUUAAUAAUGUAAAAGAAAGUUUAACAGAGCAUGCAAAUUUGAAAGUAAAUGUUAUUUUUUACGGUAGAUUUGAAACUUUAAAACAAGGGGAAAUGAUUGAUGAAAUAAAGUAUUUUAGUACGAGAAAUUCAAUUAUUUUUCCAACAACAGAUUUAGAUGAUUGGUAUAAAAAUAAAGUCAGAUAUUGUGUAUUGGUAGAAAUUGAGAAAUUUGAAGAAAAAGAAUCGGGUUGGAGUUUGAAAGAAAUUAUUAAUUUAGUUGUAAAUAUUAAUAGAUAUGAUGCAUUUCAAGUUGGAUAUUCCACCUAUACGGAUUUACCAUUAAUGAUUAGAAAUAAAAAAGCUGUAAUUAACAUUGAGAACAAUGACCCUUAUUGUUUUCUUUGGUCAAUAACAGCUUUUUUAUUUCCUGCAAGAGAUCACGUAACUCGCACUAGCUCAUAUCCCCACUACAGUACUAUAUUAAAAUAUGAUGAUGACUUUGAUAAAAAACAUAAAUAUACUGAUAUUGUUCCUAUUUAUGUAAGUAAAGAAAAAGAAAAUAAUCCUGUAGUACAUUUACUAAUGAUAGAGACUAAUGAAAUUAAUGAAAACGAAAAUGAUAAUUUGAAACCAAUAUACCAUUUUGCUUUAAUAAAGAAUCUUUCCCGUUUAGUAAGAUCACAGGUAACUAAAAAGAAACAAAGUUUGUUAUUAUGUGAUCGCUGCCUUUGUCGUUUUUUUGACAAUAACUCAUAUACAAGACAUAGAUUAGCGUGUGAGAAUACGAAUAAGUGUAAAGUAAUUUUACCCGAUGAGAAUAAUAAUUCUGUCCAAUUUAAAAAUUAUCGUUUUAAAGAUAAGGUUCCGUUCGUAAUAUAUGCCGAUACAGAAUGCCUUUUAGAGCCUAUUGCAGAGACAGAUGAAAACACAUGCAACGUUCAAAGGCACGUGCCUACAAGCGUAGCUUAUACCAUGCAGUGCAGCUUUGAUGAGUCACUCUCACAUACAAAUCUUUAUCGUGGUGAGGACUGUAUACAGUGGUUUAUUAAUGAAUUGCAGAAUAUGGCGAGUAAUAUAAAUAGAGUAUUUUUUUCAAAUAUUGUCCUAAUGGAACAAUUGACCCAACAACAAAUGCAAGACUUUGAAACUGCUAAAUUAUGUCACAUUUGCGAAAAACCAUUUGAAAUAAAUGACAUUAAACAUCAUGAUCAUUGCCAUUUUACAGGCAGAUAUCGCGGUCCUGCUCAUCAAGGCUGCAAUGUAAAUUUUAAAUAUUCUCACAUUAUUCCCGUUGUUUUUCACAAUUUAUCAGGUUAUGAUUCACAUUUUUUUAUAAGAGCUCUUGCAACUGGUUUUGAUGGAAAUAUCAGUUUAUUGCCUAUAAAUAAAGAAAAAUACCUUUCAUUCACAAAAGAUGUGGAUAAGACUAAAAUUAAAUAUCGAUUUAUUGACUCGUUUCGUUUUAUGGCAAGUAGUUUAGAGAAAUUAGCAUCCUAUUUAACUGACAAUGAAAAAGAAAUUACAAAAAAGCAUUGUACAGACGAUGCACAAUUUAAAUUGUUGAUAAGAAAAGGUGUAUUCCCAUACGAAUACAUUGAUUCAUGGGCACGAUUGGAUGAAGAAUGUCUUCCUCCGAAACAGUCAUUUUUUUCAAAAUUAAACAAUGAAACUAUUUCAGACGAAGACUAUCUUCAUGCUAAAAAUGUAUGGAAAACAUUUAAUUUAAAAAAUUUAGGAGAGUAUUCUGAUCUUUAUCUUAAAACAGAUAUUCUUCUUCUUGCCGAUAUUUUUGAAAAUUUUAGAAAAACAUGCAUUUCCACUUAUAAAUUAGAUCCUUUGCAUUACUACACUGCACCGGGACUUGCUUUUGACACCAUGUUAAAAUUGACAGAUAUAAAACUUGAACUAUUAACAGAUCCUGAAAUGUUGCUAUUUAUUGAAGCUGGAAUUAGGGGUGGUAUAUCACAAUGUUCAAAUAGAUAUUCAAAAGCUAACAACAGGUAUAUGGGGGAAAAAUAUGAUAAAAAUUUACCAGAAAAAUACAUUAUGUACUUUGAUAUUAAUAAUCAAUACGGUGCAGCUAUGAGUGAAUUUUUACCUUAUAAAGAAUUUAUAUGGGUACAGGAUUUUUCAAAAAUCGAUUUUAAAAAUAUAUCUGAUGAGUCAUUAAUUGGAUAUAUUCUUGAAGUUGAUUUAGAAUAUCCUGUUGAAUUACAUGAUUUACAUAAGGAUUUACCUCUUUGUCCACAACACUUUGUACCACCCAAUUCAAAGUGUAAAAUUCCGAAAUUAAUGACAACUCUUUAUCAUAAAAAGCAGUACAACUAG